UCCUGUCACGGGCCAAAUCCGCAAUUCUCAACAAACAAACCCCCAAAAAAGCUUCAGUUUUUUUUAUCAGUACCUACCCCAUUAAAAUAAAAAUUAAAAAAAAUCAAAUCCUCUUUCUUCCUCAGGUUCUGAGUUCAAGUUCAGGAGAGAAGGCAGCCAACCGUGGAGCCAGUUAAGCUAUGGGCACUUCCCUUAACGCGUUCGCCUUGCUCUCUGUCUUGUUCGUAUCGGGCCAGUUCAUGAUGCUGGCUCAAGUGCGGGGAGCAACCAAAGUUGUGCCAGCGGGGGAUAUAUCUAAAGUGGAGGAUGCUCAGCUGUUCCACAUUUACUACGGCCAGAGCUUCAAGGUCAUCAAGAACUCUGUCGAUGGAAAGAGUUAUCUCCUCCUGCAGAACAACUCGAGGAUGGCGACCCGGACUAAGUACUGCACUGGGAGGAUCAAGUCCUUCGUCAUCCCUCUUUCCAGCUGCUCCGCUGACACCACAUUUUUCCCCGUGUCUUUCUUCGAGCUACUAGGUUUGUUAGAGAGCUUGAAGGGCAUUACAUCUGACUCUGUAACUUCAGAAUGUGUACUGAAAUUGUACACUAGUGGUGGCAUCAAGCUUGUUAAUAAAACAGAUAUGCAACAGCUUUCGCAGUUCACAGCACACUUCAUAAGCAAUAUAGAUGAAGAACAAGCAUGCAAUUAUGCAGCUUUUGUACCGCUCGAGGAAAGGACCCCUUUGCAGAGGGCAGAGUGGAUAAAGUACUUGGCUACUUAUACAAAUUCAGAAGCCCGGGCUAAUGUCGUCUAUGAUGCAGUUAAACAAAAUUACUUGUGUCUCAGCAAAGCUGCCGCAAAUCUCACAACCCGCUUCAAACCCGUAGUUGCUUGGGUGGGGUACUACGAGGGCAUAUGGUCUUUUGGUAAAGAAGGCUUCAAGCUGCAGUAUGUGACUGAUGCAGGAGGGGAGAACGUUGACGACACCAUCAGCAACAACAGUUACAAUGUUUCUAAUUCGGAUGAAAUGGAGAACUUUUAUGCCAUACUUGGUACUGUGGAUGUGGUGAUCGAUGAAACCUAUGUUUUAGAGCCUGAAGAAUACAGACUUUCAGCAUUCCUUGAAAACAUAGGUGUGGAUGAUAAGUCUUGUUUUGGAUUUUUGACGAAUCAGAGGCUGUGGAGAUAUGAUAAGAGAGCCCAGAAGCCUGCCACCUUAGAUUGGUAUGAUAGAGCCAUCUCUCAGCCUCAGUUAGUAUUAGCAGAUUUGAUGGAGGCAUUCUUUCCCACUGGAAACUACACCACAACUUUCUUCAGAAACCUGGCCAAGGAUGAGGGAGUGACAACAAUAGGUCCCGAGAUGUGUGACAGAAAUACCUCCACUCCUAUGGAGCCUACCAUUCUCCCCUGCCAAUCAGGAAAUUAAUUGGAAAAAUGUUAUAGAUUUGUAUGAUCUUGAAUGGUUAAUUUUGUUUAGAAACCCAAGUAAGAUACUGAUAGAUUGAUUUGAUUUGUCCAAUUUAAUUCUAUUUGUGUGAUCAGAAUAUCAUUGUUCACAUCA